AUGACCCGGGGCAACAAGGCGAAGCUGGACAACUCCAAGCUCGCCAAGCUCGAGCCCCACAAGCUCGCGCAGACCUUCGAGCAGCGAUGGGUCCGCAUCGACGACGUCGAGUACGACGUCACCAACUUCAAGCACCCGGGCGGCAGCGUCAUCUUCUACAUGCUCUCCAACACCGGCGCGGACGCCACCGAGGCGUUCAAGGAGUUCCACAUGCGCUCCCCGAAAGCUUGGAAAAUGCUCAAGGCUCUCCCCCAGAGGCCCGCGGAGACCCCGAGGAGCGCCGAUCCGGACGCGCCGAUGCUCCAAGAUUUCGCCCGUUGGCGCGCGGAGCUCGAGAAGGAGGGCUUCUUCGAGCCCUCCAGGCUCCACCUCGCGUACCGAUGCCUCGAGCUGUGCGCCACGUUCGCGCUCGGCACCUUUCUCAUGUACAUCGGCCGACCGCUCCUCGCGUCCAUCGUCUACGGCGCCUUCUUCGGCGCGCGUUGCGGAUGGGUCCAGCACGAGGGCGGGCACAACUCGCUCACCGGCUCCAUCUGGUGGGACAAGCGCAUCCAGGCGGCGACCUGCGGCUUCGGCCUCAGCACUUCCGGCGACAUGUGGAACCAGAUGCACAACAAGCACCACGCGACGCCACAGAAGGUCAGGCACGACAUGGACCUCGACACCACCCCCGCGGUGGCCUUCUUCGACACCGCCGUCGAGGACAAUCGCCCCCGAGGCUUCUCCAAGACGUGGGCGCGGGCGCAGGCGUGGACGUUCGUGCCCAUCACGUCCGGCGUGCUGGUGCAGAUGUUCUGGAUCUACGUCCUCCACCCGAGGCAGGUGUUGCGCAAGAAAAACUACGAGGAGGCGUCCUGGAUGUUCCUCUCGCACGUCGUUCGCACCGCCGUCAUCAAGCUCGCGCUCGGCUGCGGCACGGCCGAAGCGUACGGCUGGUUCUGGGUCGGCAACUGGAUCGCGUACAUGUACCUCUUCGCGCACUUCUCCACGUCGCACACGCACCUCGACGUGGUGCCCAGCGACAAGCACAUCUCCUGGGUGAACUACGCGGUGGAUCACACCGUGGACAUCAACCCGAGGAACUCGAUCGUCAACUGGCUCAUGGGGUACCUCAACUGCCAGGUGAUCCAUCACCUCUUCCCGGACAUGCCGCAGUUUCGGCAGCCGGAGGUGAGCCGCAGGUUCGUGGCGUUCGCGGAGAAGUGGAACCUCAACUACAAGGUGCUGACCUACUACGGGGCGUGGAAGGCGACCUUCUCCAACCUCGACCGCGUGGGGCAGCACUACUACGUCAACGGCAAGGCCAAGGCGCACUAA